AUGUAAUAGAAAAUUGAUGAAGUUGCACACGAGAAUCACAUGAGAAUAAUGGGAAUGUAAAUCAAGUCAUUCAAAUUACAAGAAUAAUAAUCUAUUAGAAGUAAGGCUAUGUCUCAAGAGAAAGAGAGAGAGACAUCAAAAUCAUAUGCUGAGAAAAGAGAUUUGUAUAGUCGUUCAGUUUAGAAGAGAAGACAUUAAUCACCUUCAAAUAAAAUGAAAAAUAUAUCAUAAUAAAGUAUGAAGACAAAUCAAAAUUUCAGAUUUUCACUAACAGAUUACUCCUCUUUAAGUAGAGAAUAGUUGUUUUAAAUGAAAUUACUAAGUUACCACUAUUUGAUUUUUAUAGUUUCUACACAAAGCAAUUUUUAUGUUUAACCAUCUGAAAAUGUGACUGAGUUAAAAUUCAAAGUUGGAAAAGGAAAUAAUAGUUUAUUAAUAAAGGAACUGUUUAAAUCUAGAUGGUGGUGGAAUUUAAACUAAGAGGCUGAUAAUAAGGAAUUAAAUUUUAUUUGGACAUAAAUUAAGGUUCCUCAAUUUAUGAAUCUAUAAGAAUGGAGCAAAGACCCAUUUAUUACAAGAUAAAAAUCGUUGUCUUAAACAUCUACUGAUUUAAGAAAAACAAGAAGACAACAGCAAUCUCCUAAAAAUAAUAAACAAAGUUAUAAAUUUGGAAAAUUUGAUGAUCCUUUGUAGAAAUUAAUUAUAGAAUAAGAUGUGAAUGAACUAAAGUCUAUGGAAAAGUCUAUUCAAAGUUUUAUUAAAUAUGCUGAAAAGAAGGACUUAAAACUAAUUGAUAAUGUUAAUAGAAUUCAUAAUCAUAUUGAGAGAAAUUAUCAUCUGGGUAAUAAGAAAGCCAUGUUCCAUAAUAUGAAGAAAUAUUAUGAAUUAACAAAGCAAGAGCUAUUUCUCCAUUUACCUAUCACAUUCCAUGUUUCUGGAGUCAAAGACAAAUCCUAUUAAUAGUUUAUGGAAUAUUAUAAAUAGAAGAAGGGAAACAAUAUCUGGAUUGUAAAGCCAGGAGAAUUCACCAACAGAGGAAAUGGAAUCAUUGUUUGUUAAUCAUUAGCUGAAAUUCAUAAAAUCGUAAGCAAAAGGCAAGUGCAUCCCAAUGGCAAACCAUUUACAUAUUUGAUACAAAAAUAUAUUGAAAAACCGUUCUUAUACAAUAAAAGAAAGUUUGACAUCAGAUGUUACUUUUUGAUAACUCAAUUGAAUAGCAUUAUCAGAGCCUAUUGGUAUGAAGAAGGUUACAUCAGAACUUCAAGUGAAGAAUUUGAUAUCAAGGAUGUGAGUAAUUAGUAUGUGCAUUUAACCAAUGAUGCUAUAUAAAAAUAUAGUGAAGCUUAUGGAAAAUAUGAAAAUGGGAACAAGUUGUCUUUUGCAGAAUUCUAAAGAUAUCUAGAUAAAUGGCACAGCAAUGAACAUUUGAAUUUCUAUAAGGAUUUAUAUCCCUAAUUGAAGAUGAUCACUUUGAAUGCUAUCAAAUCUGUAUACCAUAAGAUCGAGCCAUACAAAAGAAACUACAACUUUGAAAUUUUUGGAUUAGACUUUAUGAUAGAUGAGAAAUUCUAACCGUAUUUAAUUGAAAUCAAUACCAAUCCUUGUUUAGAAUUAAGUUCUCCUCUGUUAGGCAGAAUUAUUCCUGCUAUGGUAGAGAAUGCCUUCAGAUUAUCUAUUGAUACAUUAAUUCCACCUCCAGAAUAGUCUACUUGGCCACCCAACAAAAAACAUCUAUUGUUUUAUGAUAAUAUGCUAGAGAAUAAUAGAUUCUAAUUGAUUUUUGAUGAAAGAGAGGAUGCCCAAGAAUUAAAAAUGUUGUAUAGCAAUUAAUCAAAUGAUGAUCAAAUAGACGAAAUGGAUGAAGAAGAAGAAGAAUAUCAGUCUGAUGAUGAUUGA